AGAAACAAAUCAAUAUUCAAAAUAAUGUAAUCAAGUAAAAAUAGAAGAAAUGAUUCACUUCCUUUUGUCUUUUAUUUUUUAUUUUUUAUCAUUUUAAUAUGAAGUUUUUAGGCCAAAUACAUUAAUAAAAAUGGCUAAAAAAAGAGCAUCAUCAGAGGUUGAAGAGCGUGGCUUCCGGCCUAUCUCAUGUGUAUACAAAUUAAUGAAGAAAAUAUUGGCCGCAUUUGUUCUGAUUAUUUUUGUAAUUUUCCUAUGGUCUUCUUCCACCAUAAUCAUAUCAGGCUCCAUUGCUCAUGUUUGUGUAUCAUCUAGAAAACUCAACAGCCGUUACUGCCUCUCGACGACCAACUACGACAAUGUCUCGAUCAAGAAUACGGUUUCACGUGUUGAAAGAGGUAACACAACCGAGUUCUCCGAAUUUACAAAACCGUUGUUCCGGAAAGGCGUGGACAGGGCAAAGGCAGAGGAGAAAGCGGAUUCUAGGAAGGUUGUGGAAGUGCAACUAGCGAUUCUACGAUCCUACAUUGUCAAUUCUUCUUCUUCAAGUUCAAGGGCGUCGGAUAAUUGCGAGGGAAAAAGGAUAUAUGUGUAUGAUCUGCCUCAUAAGUUUAAUAAAGAUUUGGUAGACAAGUGUAAUGAGAUCAUGCCAUGGUUGAACUUUUGUAAAUACUUGAGCAAUGAUGCCAUGGGUGAGCCUAUAGUUGAGCUAGGGAAAGGAUGGUAUAACACUCAUCAAUUUAUGUUAGAGCCUAUAUUUCAUAACCGUAUUCUUAGACAUCCUUGUAGAGUUGACAAUCCAGAGGAGGCCAAGGUUUUUUAUGUGCCAUUUUAUGGUGCUUUAGAUAUGUUAAGCUCUCAUUUUAGUCAUGUAAAGGUCCCUAGUGACAAGCUCUCUAAGGAAAUUGUUGAUUGGCUCAAGCAACAAAAGAUGUGGAAUACACAUUUUGGGUUAGAUCAUGUAUUUGUCCUUGGGAAAAACUCUUGGGAUCUUCGAAGGUCAGAGUACGUACCAUGGGGGACACCCUUAUUGGAGCUAGAUGAACUCCAAAACCCAAUCAAGCUCAUAAUUGAACGACAACCUUGGCAUAUGAAUGACGUGGGAGUCCCCUACCCGACCUAUUUCCACCCGAGAUCAGACCAAGAGAUAAUAUCAUGGCAGCAGAAAAUCAGUCAAGUCCAACGAAAAUACUUAGUCAGUUUCGCAGGGGCUCCACGAAAGGAUCCAAUGAGCAUAAGAUCGAUCCUAAUUGAGCAAUGCACGUCUUCCCCUGAGGUCUGCAAAUUCCUCAACUGUGGAGAAAAACUAUGUGUUGAAUCUGCACCUGUGAUGAAACUUUUCAUGGAGUCGGAGUUUUGCCUUCAGCCUGAUGGGGAUAGUCCCACAAGAAAAUCAGUGUUUGAUUCACUCGUUGCAGGCUGUAUUCCUGUUGUAUUUGAUCCUUUCACUGCGCAUUACCAAUAUCCAUGGCAUUUACCCGAAGAUUACAAAAAGUAUUCUGUAUUUAUAGAUCAAGAAGAGGUGAAGAUGUCGGAGGUGAACGUGGUGGAGAAGCUUUUAAACAUCCCCCUUAAACAAAGGAAAGAAAUGAGGAAGUAUAUCAUUCAUGAGUUGAUGCCUAGGCUAGUUUAUGCACAUGCUAAUGCUAAGUUGGAGAUAUUUGAAGAUGCAUUCACUAUUGCUGUCAAUAAUUUGAAUCAAAUGGUAAUUACUAGAUUGCACCAACAUUAGGAUUUUCAGUUUUAGAGUGCUGUAAUUCAGCUAUUCUAUUCUAUGCUAUUCACUAGCUAGCUAGACAUCAUGUACUACAUGUCCAAUUUAUACUUUAUACUCGAUCAAUCCAUGGGGUAAUGUUGCAGAUUGACAUGGGAUUAAUAUGUUCAGUUACUUUUUUUUAACAGAGUUGCUUUUAAUUCCAGUUACUUAGCCCCUUAAAACAUU